GUCGGUGGAACAGCCUGGAGCGGGGCGGUGGACGCUGGCAGCGGGUGAUGGUGCCCCCCGUGGCCUAGAAGUCCGGGUUCGCUGUCCGCUGCCCACAGGCCUGCUUCUCUCCGGCGUGACCGAGGGUCGGGGUCACUGUGAAUAUGCUGGCGACCCUCGCCAAGCUGCCCCGCCGGGCAUAUCAGUGCUCUCAUGCCUUAAAAAUUAAGACACAUUAUCUACCUCUGUGUGCUACAAGAUGGUCUUCAACUUCUACUGUGCCUCAGAUCACUACCCACUACACCAUCCAUCCCCGGGAUAAGGACAAGCGAUGGGAAGGAGUGAGUAUGGAGAGGUGCGCUGAAGAAGCCGACGUGGUCAUAGUCGGAGCCGGCCCCGCAGGGCUCUCUGCGGCUGUCCGCCUGAAGCAGCUGGCCGCUGAGCACGGGGCGGAGAUCCGCGUGUGUCUGCUGGAGAAGGGCGCUCAGAUAGGGGCGCACACCCUCUCAGGAGCUUGCCUUGACCCCACUGCCUUUACCGAGCUCUUCCCAGAUUGGAAGGAGAAAGGGGCUCCACUGAACACUCCUGUGACAGAAGACAGAUUUGCCAUUUUAACAGAGAAAUAUAGAAUCCCCGUGCCCAUUCUUCCAGGUCUUCCAAUGAACAACCAUGGCAACUACAUCGUGCGCCUGGGACACGUGGUGAGCUGGAUGGGAGAGCAGGCGGAGGCCCUUGGGGUUGAAGUGUACCCUGGCUAUGCUGCAGCUGAGGUCCUUUUCCAUGAAGACGGCAGUGUGAAGGGAGUCGCCACCAACGACGUGGGGAUACAGAAGGACGGCGCGCCCAAGACAACUUUCGAGAGGGGACUAGAGCUACAUGCCAAAGUCACAAUUUUUGCAGAAGGUUGCCAUGGACAUCUCGCCAAACAACUAUAUAAGAAGUUUGAUUUGAGGACGAACUGUGAUAACCAAACCUAUGGGAUAGGACUGAAGGAGUUAUGGAUUAUUGACGAGAAAAAGUGGAAACCUGGGAGAGUGGAUCACACCGUUGGCUGGCCCCUGGACAGACACACGUACGGAGGCUCUUUCCUCUAUCAUUUGAAUGAAGGUGAACCACUGGUAGCUAUUGGUUUUGUGGUUGGUCUGGACUAUCAGAAUCCAUACCUGAGUCCAUUUAGAGAGUUCCAGAGGUGGAAGCACCACCCCAGCAUCCGGCCUACCCUGGAAGGAGGGAAGCGGAUCGCGUACGGGGCCCGAGCACUCAAUGAAGGCGGCUUUCAGUCUAUACCAAAACUCACCUUUCCUGGUGGCUUACUAAUUGGUUGUAGCCCUGGUUUCAUGAAUGUGCCCAAGGUCAAAGGUACUCACACAGCAAUGAAAAGUGGAAGUUUGGCUGCAGAAUCCAUUUUUAAUCAGCUCACAAGUGAAAAUCUCCAGUCAAAGACUACAGGGCUCCACGUAACUGAGUAUGAGGAGAAUUUAAAGAAAUCUUGGAUAUGGAAAGAACUAUACAGUGUUCGAAACAUAAGGCCAGCCUGCCAUGGGAUACUGGGAGUGUACGGAGGGAUGAUUUACACUGGAAUAUUUUACUGGAUAUUCAGAGGAAUGGAACCAUGGACUCUAAAACAUAAAGGCUCUGACUACAGUAAGCUCAAGCCAGCCAAGGACUGCACACCUAUCGAGUAUCCCAAACCUGAUGGACAGAUCAGCUUUGACCUCUUAUCAUCUGUGGCUUUGAGUGGAACAAAUCACGAACAUGACCAGCCAGCACAUCUAACCUUAAAGGACGACAGUGUCCCUGUAAAUAGGAAUCUGUCCAUCUAUGAUGGGCCUGAACAGCGGUUCUGCCCUGCAGGAGUUUAUGAAUUUGUACCUUUGGAACAAGGUGAUGGAUUUCGGUUACAGAUAAAUGCUCAGAACUGUGUGCACUGUAAAACAUGUGACAUUAAAGACCCAAGCCAGAAUAUUAACUGGGUGGUGCCAGAAGGUGGAGGAGGACCUGCUUACAAUGGCAUGUGACACAACUGACCACCUGUCCUUGGGAAGAAUCACACGUGCCUGUGAAUGCCCAACUUUGAAGAUGUUGGAGAUAACUUCUAAACAAGUGUCCUUCAAAAAAUUUUAUACUGUAUCUAAGAUUGUCCCAUAAAAAUCAUGGAAUAUGGGCUGGACAGAGUGCUUAGCAGUUAAGCACUUGCCUGUGAAGCCUAAGGACCCUGGUUCAAGGCUCGAUUCCCCAGGACCCACGUUAGCCAGAUGCACAAGGGGGCAUAUUCGUCUGGAGUUCGUUUGCAGUGGCUG